AUAUGUUUGAAGAGUGCAAACUCUCAUUGAUUCAAGAACAGUUUUGGGUCAAGGAAAAAACCCUCCAUUCAAUUAUUUACUGCAUAUUCAAAAUUAAGUUUAAUCUCAAUGAAUGUGAAGCUAUGUUUUAGUUGAAUUUGGGCAUAAUCUGCAUCUCAAGCAUUUGAAAAAUUGAAAGAGGGGAACCAGGCUUGUUGGCUCGAAAUCCAUGGAGUUCUUAGAUGAAUAUGAGAGCAAGCCUAGGUUCAUGUUCCAAUCCAAGCAUCUCCCUGAUGAAUCUCUUCACAAUUCCUCCUCCUCCUCCUUCUCUCUCGCUUCUCUCCAUAAGCCCACCCUUUUCAUUUCCCUUUUUGUCUCUCUGCUCCUCUUCUCUCUCGCCCUAAUUUACUUCAAUUUCGAACCCCUCAAAUCGAUCCUCUUAUGGCUCUCCCUAUCCCUUCUAAUCGGCCCCUUCGCGCCCCCCUCUCUCACCGCCGGCGACAUCCGCGUCGGCGUCGGCCCGCCGCUGGAGGAAAUCCCCGCCGCUCCGAUUGAAAUCACCGAAAAACCAAGCAGAAAAUCGGCAAAAUCAACCAGGAAAGCAUCUGAAGAAACCGAGGGGAAUUCGAAUGCGAUCGAUUUAUCUCGUUUCGAUCUGCCCAAGCAGCGAUCGAACAGAUCAUCAAUUGAGGCAGUGGUUGAGGCCAAGGCGGAGGAGUGGGGCGAGGCAGACGACGAGAUGUUGAAGAAGCUGAUGGGGAAGCACCCGGUGGGGAAGCCGGGGCGGUGGGAAGCCAUAACGGAGGGUUUCAAGGGGAGGCACAAGGUGGAGACUGUGAUUGCAAAAGCCAAACACAUUGGAGAUAAGAAGGGCGGCGAUCAGGAUUCUUACGCCAAGUUUCUCAAGGAUAGGGAGAAGAGGCAUGUUGAGGAGGAGGAUGGGAUGAAGGAGAGCGGAUGGAGCGCGGGGGAGGAUCUGGCAUUGCUGAAUGCAUUGAAGGCGUUUCCUAAGGAGGUGGCGAUGCGGUGGGAGAAGGUUGCAGCUUCUGUUCCCGGGAAAACCAAGGCCGCCUGUGUUGCCAGAAUGGCCGAGCUCAAGAAGGAUUUUCGGACAUCUAAGGCUUCUGCCCAACCUUCUUCUUAGGAUUUGUUGAUUUUCUUGGAGGAAGCUACUGCUCUCUUGGGUGUGUCCUUUUUUGAUGGAUGAAGAGCAUCGUUGUUAAGAAUGCUGGAGAUGAGCAGAGUUAUAUAUGUUGCACAUUAACAUUAUCAAACGCCAAGUAUGAAUUACAGAACUCAGAUUCAAGACUUUGUCAAAGUAAUUUGAUGAUUCUAUUUCUAUACCAUACCAGUGCUACUGAUAAGUGUUACUUGACUUAUUUCAGCAUUCACUAUUAUUCAUAAUAGAUUUAUCGGCAUUUAAUAGACAA